AUGUCGGAGGAAACUAAACCAACAAUCAAGCCACGUAAAAGAUUCAUAGGAAAAAAGAAGCAACAGAUAUCAACGACGGCAACGACGCUUGUUAAAUCGGCUUCAAAUACAAAUAUCGGUAACAUCGAAGAUAGUAUCGUAACAACAAUAGAUCCUCCUAGAAAAAGCCGAAUUGCCAAUCAAAUUCCGGCAGAAAUACUCAGUGAUCCGCUGUUGAAUAGUGCUAUCGAACAGCUUCCAUCAAACUAUAAUUUCGAAAUUCAUAAAACUGUAUGGCACAUUAGAAAAUUUGGAGCAACUAAAGUCGCACUACAGUUCCCAGAAGGGCUAUUAAUGUUUGCGUGCACAAUUGCAGAUAUCCUUGAAAGAUUCUGUAAUGUCGAAACAUUAGUAAUGGGAGAUGUGACGUACGGUGCAUGCUGUGUCGACGAUUUCACAGCAAAAGCAUUAGAUUGUGAUUUUAUGGUUCAUUAUGGACAUAGUUGUUUAGUUCCUGUGGAUAUUACCACAAUCAAAACUCUAUACGUAUUCGUGGAUAUUGGAAUUGAUAACCAGCAUUUUAUCGACACAAUAAUCAAAAAUUUCGAAAAAGGCAAAAAACUCACGAUUGUUGGAACGAUACAGUUCGUUGCAGCUAUUCAGACUGCGAAAAAGACACUCGAAAAAGAUUAUCAGUUGACUGUACCACAAACUAAACCAUUAUCCCCGGGCGAGAUAUUGGGCUGCACAUCUCCAAAACUGAGUGAUCACGAUGCUUUAGUGUAUCUUGGUGAUGGGCGGUUUCAUCUAGAGUCAAUUAUGAUUGCAAAUCCAGAGAUCCCUGCUUUUCGAUAUGAUCCAUAUUCAAAAAAAUUUACACGGGAAAGAUACGAUCACUUGGAGAUGCAUUCACUUAGAAAACAUGCAAUCAAUGUAGCAAAAAAAGCUAAAAAAUUUGGACUAAUAUUGGGAACGCUCGGUCGCCAAGGUAGUCCGAAAGUAAUGCAGCAUCUUGAAGAGAAACUAAUAUCGCAAGGACGCGAGUACACGUGUGUCUUACUCUCGGAAAUAUUUCCCGACAAGUUGGGACUAUUUGAAGAUAUUGACGCAUGGAUUCAAAUCGCCUGCCCACGCCUAUCAAUCGAUUGGGGUUAUGCGUUUUCAAAGCCUCUACUUACACCGUAUGAGGCAUCGGUGGCAUUAGAUGAGGUCACUUGGCAAGAAGCGUACCCGAUGGAUUUUUAUGCGAAUGAUAGUUUGGGACCGUGGACUCCAAAUUAUGGGAAAGUAAAGGUUAAUAAAAAAUGA